UCGAUACAUCGGUCCAUCAAAGUCAGUUUCGGCUCUAUACUAUACACAAAGUAUCGAAAAAACCAAAUAAAUAGCGGAUAAUUCAAUUAAAAAAUCAUUUUUCCGGAAUAAGGAGAUGAAAUUUAUUUUGUCUUAGUGAAUAUUCGAAGAGCAGCCGCAUCACGUGGGAUUUUGGCAUUGGGACAGUGAGAAAGUGCACAAAGACACAAAGCCGACCCCCCUCCCACGGGGUUAAGGAAAAACAAAACUGAACAUCCCACACGCAGCGAAUAUUGGAAAAGGAAAAAUGGCCACCAGCGAAAUCACGAGCUCCAACGAGCGCCACUACUACGCCAAGCUAGAGGCUAUCAAGGACAUACGCGAUAAGACGUUGGCCCUGGAGAAGCUGAAGGUGCGGAUCAUUAAGGAGGUGAAGCUGAGCGACGACGAGGAGAAAUGUUUGGAGGAGUACCGCAAGGAGAUGGAGCACCUGCUGGAGGAGAAGAUGUCGCACGUGGAAGAGCUGCGCCAGAUUCACGCGGACAUCAAUGAUAUGGAAAACAUCAUUAAGCAGACGAAGGAGAACCAGACGCGGUCCUUCGACAUGGCCAACAGGGUCUACGAGGAGUACCUGGCUUUGAAGUACCAGAUUGACCACAUGCGUAGGGACUACCUGGGGCUGAGUCCCUUGCGCGACCUGCACGAGGAGGAGGGCAGCCCCAUAUCGAAGGAUCGCUUUCAGACCAACUUCCUUAAAGUGGCCGCCCAAUCUGCGGCGGCUGCAGCAGCGGCUGCGGCAGCGGCAGCGUCCGUGAACCAACCCACAUCGCUGGCCAGGCCCCAUGCCAGGCACCCUCUGAUGCCAGAGGCCACUGUCACGGCCCUGCCCUCUUCCGUUGGCUCGGGGGGAGCGGGUGGCGGCGGUAGUGCUGGCAGCGGAGCUGGCUCAGUGGGCGGGAGCGGUGGAGGAGGAGCUGGGCAGCCUGGGCAUGCUUUCAUGCCACCAGCGCCACCGGGAACGGGCAGUGCUGGAGCUGCCGCAGUGCGUCUGGGUAAGGGCGACUUUUCAGCACCACCACCGCCGCCGCCGCCGACAAACAGGCUCCAGCAAUCGCCGUCGAUCGGUAUCGGCCACCAUCCGUCGUUCCGCUCUGACUUCAACGUAAAUCUCCGUCAGCAGCCGCCGCCCAUGAAGUCCUGUCUGUCUUGCCACCAGCAGAUCCACCGCAACGCGCCCAUCUGCCCGCUCUGCAAGGCCAAGUCGCGCUCCCGGAAUCCAAAGAAACCGAAGAAGAAGAACAACUAAGCCAGCGAAACCAGAAACUACACUCAUUUUUAGUCCGGAGCGGGUCCCGGAACUAUAACUCUUUAAAAGUAUAGCUUUUUUUUAGUCUCGUCUAUUUAUCAAUCCAAAAGCAAAGUUCUAAAACAAAACUAAGCGGUGUGAUUAUGGAAUCUCUAGAGUAUUAAACAAAAUGCAUUAA